AUGGGCUUCGGUGUCGCCAUCAUCCACGGCACCGCGUCCGCGGCGCACCUGGGCUUGAUCGAUAGGGGUAGGCUGACGUUCGUUCUGUCCUUGAGCUGCCCGCUCAUCAUCGUCGCCCAGUUCCUCUCCCCGGCAGCCGUGGUGGCGGAGGCGGUCUCCGAGAUGGACGCGCAGAACCUCCCGACCCAGGUGUUCAAGUCGCAGGCCGCCUGCAACAUUCUCGGCGUCUCCUACGGAGUGCAAAUCCGCAACCACGCAGUGCUGGUGUCGAACAUGGUGGGUCUCUCCUGCCAGGUCCUCUACCUGGCCUGCGCCACCUACGUCAGGGACGAGGACUCCGCCAGGUGGGGCUGUUGGUGCCUCCAGAUGAUCGUGGUGCUGAACUGCAGCCUGUACGUCUUGAUCCAGGUCUCGCCGAUUCGGAUCCUCGGGCACUUGAUCACUGUCUUCAACGUUGUCCUGUUCGCCUCCCCGCUGACCAGGGUGGCUCAGAUACUCCGCUCUAAGAGCGCGAGCUCCCUGCCGAUCGCUAUGACCUGCGUCGGGCUCCUCAGUAACUGCGUGUGGUCUCUGUACGCUCUGCUGAUCGAGGACCCCGUGGUGUUCCUGCCCAGCAUACUGGGCUUCCUGCUCUCCUCCUUCCAGGUCCUCCUCAUCUCGGGCUGGACGAGAGGGGGGAUACAAACCCGUUGCUAA